UAUCUGUGACUGUGAGUAGGAUAAUCAAAAUAUUUAUAGACAAGCGUGUAUCCAUGAAAAAGAGUGAUAAGAACAUCAGUGGAGGUGAUGGUCUACAAUCCAACUUGCAUGCUUCAAAGGUUUUGGUUUCGUCUUCAUCUCCUAUGGCUAACGUUUGUUGCUCCAUUGAAAUGGAGCCUAGAACCUUGAGAGAAGGCCAGCUAACCCAUGCUAGGGAGGUGGCUGCAGAUGUAGUGCAAAAGAUGGAACCCAAAGAAGCCUCCAAUGUAUUCAUUGAGGGAUUGAGGUCAAUUCCAAAAAUGAAAGUAGAAGAAAUGGAGGAAAAUGAACAUCAACAGAAGCACAAACUUCUUGUUGUUGAUUGCAAUGAAAAGGCUGAACCUGAAAUGAUUGAAAGUCCUUGCCAAUGCUCACUCGAUAGGAGCAACAUAGAAAUGGAAUCCCCAGAACAAACAAUUAAGGAGCCUCUUUCAGCCCCAUUUUGAUUUCCAUUUGAUUAUGCUUUUGGAUGGAUGCACGUUUAUUAUUCACUAGAUGACUUGGUUUAGUUUAUGUGAAGAAGCUUGCAAUUUGUAAUAUUUAUACUUCUUAUUAGGUUUGGUUUGCCAUAUGUUUCUUCAAGAAAAAUCAAUAUGAAUUUCAUCAAGUUAUGGGA